AUGGACGCAACAAUGGAGAACAAAAUGGGCCUGCCGCCGCCGUACGAGCCCAGCUCGCCGAACCCGGCGCCUCCGCCCUCGUACUUCGGCGACCACCCACCGCCGCCGAUCGCGCCUACAGCGCAGCCCCGCACCGUAGUCGUCACCACAGCCCCGACGGCUGCGGACGGCGAGAUCAAGAUCGGCCCCGGGCCCACGGGCAUCACCUGCCCCAAUUGCAACAGGUCCGUCGUCACCAGGGUGAACUACGCCGCCAACAACCGGACCCACAUAAUAUCAGCCGGCCUCUGUAUAUUGACCGGAUGCUGUUGCGGUUGCUUCAUUCCAUACUGCAUGAGGUCGUGCAAAGCCGCAAAUCACUUUUGCCCUAAAUGUAGGGCGUUCAUUGGCACGUACACCCCAUCA